AAUCCAUUCUUUUUUUUGCCAAAGGUGGUACUGUUGCGGGUAAGGUAGCUCGAGUUUAUUGCAGGGCUUUCAUUCCAUCUAUGUCAUGGAUACCCUUUCAAGGAUUAGAUUCCUCCCCACUUGUUACAGUCUUCAGUUCCCAAAAAUCUCUGCAUUAUCUCGUUUCCCAAAUGCUUUUUCCACAGCCACUCCCCUGGUUUCAGUGCUAAGAGUAAGAGCUGGUCCUCCUUCAGUGAGUGAUACAGAUGAGGAUGUCUUGCAAAUAUUUUUUAAGGAGAGAGAAUUAAAUGGGGAUUUUAUAUCAAGAGCUUCCGAUUUAUUAUGGAGAAGAGAUUUCAGAAGUUCUGGUGAUUAUGAUAUUAGCGAGCUCACCGACAACACUUCUCAACAAAUAGAGCAGAUCAUAGAGACUGACAGUGAUGGUGGUUUUUUGAAACUUACAAGAACCCAAGAGUGGCUAACAGGUGACAAUUCUCCACCAAUAAACAAGAAGGUGACUGCUAAGGCAUUACAGGACAGCAGUGCAAGACGCAUGAAACUGAACAUGCUCAAAUAUGAAUCUCUCAAGAGGGAAUUACUGCUUCUAUCUGUGGGUAUUGGACUGGCUUGUAGUGGAUAUUGCUUGGUUAUUUUUUCCGUACAGGCUGCUAUAAGUUAUGCGAUUGGAGUCCUUUUCAGUUGCUUGUACCUUCAACUCUUGUAUCAACAUGCAGACAACCUAUCCAGUGAAGACGUUCCUCAAAUAUUCAAGAAAAAGAAGUCGAAGAAAAUUGGUAUAAGAAGUGAAGACCUUGAAGAUUUCUUGGAGAGGACAAUCAAGGGUAGCGGUAUAUCUCUUUCAUCUCCCAGGCUAGUUAUUCCAGCAACAAUAUAUGGGCUUUGGAUUCUGUUUCAUCAGUAUUUUACCAAUGACAUUUUUGAUUUCCAGCUUGUGCCAGCCAUGUUCGGAAUGUUUGUCUACAAGGCUGCUGUUCUGGUGCAAGCUUAUAGAGACAAUGAAGGUUUACGGUUUGUAUUUCCCGAAAAUGAAGAUGGAUCAAGCUAUUGAAAUAUUUAUUUUGCUAUGCUCAGCACUCAGCAGCUGAGUACACUACUCACUAUACCCUUGGACAUUGGAAAUGCUGAGCUGCAUCCUUAACUGAGCACUGAUUACAAGUUACAACCCUUCACCGCAUUCAUCUUCUUGUUGAAUUUUAGAAUGAUGCUAUUUCAAGUGUAUUAAUAUCAUGUCUCUGAAUUCAAAACAUGACAUAAAUGGAUGCAUAUUGGAUAGCCAUUAGCCUCCGUCCCACUUUUAUUUUGUACCCAUAAAAAUUGAAAUUGAUGUUGAAAGAAUACAAGACGAUUUGAAAUGGUAAAUAGUGGUUGUUAAAUGUUAAUAUUCCCCAUAUACGUGUAGUUCCAAACUAUAUUGUUGCACUGGCUACUGAGAUGUAAAUAUAAAGUGAUAGUUAGUUGUUA